AUGGAUGUCAGCUUCUUUGAGUCUCAAUCCUAUUUCUUGUUCCGUCCAGUGUCCCAGUCAUCUCUUCAGGAGAGUCUUGGAGUGAAGAGGGUCCUGUUGCUUCUAUUAUUCUUGACCCAAUCCCGCCACCAGCAUGUGUUGCUGGAUGCAUGUACCAAGGAAGGGAAGAUGAAGGAGGCAGAGGGGGUAGUUGAAGUCAUGAUACAAAGAGGUGUGGAUCCUGAUGUAGUCGCAUACAAUACUCUAAUGGAUGGAUAUUGUUUGCAAGGCCACAUGGAUGAAGCAAUGAGAGUGUUCAAUGCUAUGGUGGACAAGGGCCUUCACCCCAAUGUUUUUACCUAUAACAUUCUAAUCAAUGGAUAUUGCAAGAAAAUGAAAAUAGAUGAGGCCAUGCAUCUCUUUCGAGAAUUGCCUCGAAGGGGUUUGAAACCUGGCAAUGCAACUUUCAGUGCUAUGUUAUGGGGUUUGUUUCAAACAGGUAGAUGUGGAGUUGCUCAAAAACUGUUUAAUGAUAUGCAAGCUGCAGGCAUAAUUCCAAAUUCUCAAACUUAUGGUAUCUUAUUGGAUGGGUUGUGCAAAAAUGGGAAUAUUUCUAAAGCAUUGUCAUUAUUCCACAUGAUGGAAAGCAACAGUUUACAUCUUAAUGUUGUUAUGUACAAUAUUCUCAUUGAUGCAUUCUGCAAGGAUAAAAAGCUUGAUACUGCAAGGUCCCUUUUCAGUAACCUUUCUUCCAAGGGAUUACAACCUGAUGUUAAGAAAUACACUACGAUGAUACGAGGUCUUUGUGAAGAAGGCCUACUGUAUGAAGCCAAAGAGUUGUUUGUUAAAAUGGAACAGAAUCAUUGUUUGCCAAGUGAUGUUACUUACAACACUGUUAUCCGAGGAUUUAUUGAACAACACAAGUGCUAUGAGGCAUUAAUACUCGUUGAGGAAAUGGUUCAAAGGGGUUUUUCAAUAGAUGCAUCCACUUUUCCCUUGAUCGUAGAUAUACUCUCAACUAAAGGACAAGAUCCUGCUCUCCAAGAAGUGAUAAAGAAGUUCAUGCCCAAAGAUAGUCGUGGAAUGCAAGAUAUUGAGUAA